AUGGGUGACACGGUCUCGUGUUUAUUAAAUGGGAAAAAAUCUACAGCCAUAAGCUUCCCAGCUUACUGUCUUCCGAGUCUGCAUGCCUGGCUGCUGGGCAGGCAGGGCUCAGCCACAUCAGCGAAGACCACUGCCAUUGCAUUGAAGGAGACGCUCACGACCAUGUCCACUGCCACCCCCGCCACAGCAUCUGCCUCCGGUCUGUGCUCCCCCAUCCAGAUCCUGAGACUCUUCCGCGUCCUGCAGCUGCUCUCCACCUGUGCGGCCUUCUCCCUGGUGGCCAGCGUGGGCACCUGGAGGGGUGCCAUAAGUAACUGGUACAUAUUCACCUGGGCCUUCUGCUUCAUCGUGACCCUCUUCAUCCUCAUAGUCGAGUUAUGUGGGCUCCAGUCCUGCUUCCCCUUCUACUGGUACAACUUUCCCAUCAACUAUGCCUGCUUUGCCACCCUCUUCUGCCUCUCGGCCUUCAUACUCUUUGGCACCACCUACAACCAAUUAUUGUCUCAGGACCACGCCAUCACUGCCACUGCAUUCUCCUGCAUCGCUGCUGUGGCUUAUGCCACUGAAGUGGUCUGGACCUGGGCCUGUUACCUGCCAGGUGAUGUCACCAGUUUUAUGGGCACCAUGUAUGGCUCGCUCAAGCUGCUGGAGAACUUUGUGGCCAGUCUCAUCUUUGCCUUUAUCAGCGGCCCCCAUGUGUACCAGCCCCAGCCGGCCCUGUUGUGGUGUGUGGCCGUGUACUCCAUCUGCUUCAUCCUGGGGACCGUGGCCCUCCUGCUGGGCCUGGUUGACUUCGACAAUAGGCAGCCUGUCCUCUUCCGCAUUUCCCUACUGGGGCUGAGCCUGCUCUCCGUCCUCCUCUACACCAGCGCUGUGGUCCUCUGGCCGCUCUACCAGUUCAGCGAGAAGUUGGGUGGCCAGCCCCAGCGGUCCAGCGAUGUGAGCUGCAGAGAUGAGCUCCCCUCCACGAUGUGCAUCUGGGACCAACAAUUGGCUGUGGCCAUCCUGACAGCCAUCAACCUGCUGAUUUACGUGGCUGACACGGUGUACUGGGCCCUCCAGGCCAUUGUAGGGACUAAAGAUCAACCAAGGGGCUCUUGA